UAACAUCUUAUCACACAGGUGCCUCGUUUGUUUACAUUUUUAUCAAGUUAUAUGUCAGUGUGUACCCUAUUUUAUAGCAUUUUAGUUUUUAUUCAUUUAAAUGGUUUUACCAACAACAAUUUUCAGAGUAUGUAUUUGGUUUCUUAUUAUUUACUCAAAGUUAAUUAAUGCAAUGCAAAUGGUAGGUUCAAGAGCUCCCAACCCUUGAUGUAUUGGUAAAUGUGUUUUGGAACGGAAGGACAUUCAUCGCUGAUCGACGAUUUUAGAAAAUGAGAAUGCCGAGUCUUAAUCUGGCUACUCCCAAACCAGAUGGGGUUGUCGUUACGGCCAGAUUUCGCAGCCCUAAGUCCAUACAAUCCAAAGUUUGUGGACUCGUUUUUGGAGACUUCAUUAUUGCACCAGGGAUUUUGCUUGAGCCGUUUAUGUUACCUCGUCUUGUCGAACACAUUCAGCAACUGAAACAGGGUUACAAAGGUGGGGACACAUACAUUGAUCGAUCAACUAUUGAUGCGCUCCGACUGAAACUUCCAUCUUUCUCUGCAACGCUUGAAGAGGCAGAGACGAUGCCAUGUCAAAUUUUGCUGGUCUGGAGCUUUGGUGCCCUUCGGCAGACUUUUCACACGGAACUUGGUCGGUGGAGGUUUCUAUCGAAAGGUAGUGGGGAUAAACAUAAAGCACAUAUUCAAGACAGAUUGGAGCUUCUCUCAACAUUCCUGGUGCUACAACUUCAAGAUUCAGUCAAACCGAUACUUUCGGUUGGAGUGGACGGUGUACUGGUGGACCUCAUGUCAGCUGUAGGACAAUUCUGUGAGCUGCACCUUGAUCGUGGUCUGGACGUCUUUUCCAUCUCCACCCCUUUCUUCCUUCACCAGUUUCUCAAUUCUUGGGGCAAGGGUAUUGUCAGCAACGUCCUUGGCUCAGAACACUGCUUGUUGCUCAUUGACUUGGAUCUGCCCCCAGAAUCUGAAGGAGCCAUUCUCUUAUCAAAAGACAGUGUUGAUGGAAGAAAAAAUUUAAUCGGCAUGCUAAUUACAAACUCAUGCCAGUUCGAACAAGAACGAGUAGGAUUUUGUUUAGCAGUGAAUUUCAAAUCUUUAAUUCAAGACUUCCUACGGAAACAUAGACGCACUUACAUUUGGAAAUGCAUCAGUCAAGAUGAUGUAAAUAUUGUUGCUCAUAGAAAUCAAAUUAAAGACCUAAUUGAUGGAUGUUUAGAUGCCUGCGUAGCCCUUAUCACAACUCCAAGAAGCUGGGGCUCCGGUGUUGUUAUCAGUUUAAGUCCCCCUUACAUUCUCACAUGCAGUCAUGCAGUCAGUCAGGUGAAAGAAAUCUCGGUUACUAUUGGGACUUGUACAUCCAGAGCAGAAGUUGUGUAUAGCACUCCUGUGGGACAAAUUUAUGACUUGGCAAUUUUAAGUUUUAUCCCUGAUACGUCUGUUAAAAAAAUUUGCAUUUCCUCUGCAGCGCCAAAACUAUGCGAACCUGUCUACAUCGUCGGUUUCCCGUUGCUCAAAUCAGAGAAGCCCUCCGUCUCCCAUGGUAUCGUAUCACAUUUGACGAAGUCAGGUGGUCCGAUGUUGACAUCAUGUUGUCUACAUUCAGGUGGCAGUGGUGCCCCACUAGUGCGCUCAGAUGGCUCUCUUUUGGGCAUCAUGACUAGUUUUGUGUGCUCCUCUGAAACAUCCGCAAGAAAUUUUCCUCGACUGAGCAUAGCUGCCUCUGCGGACAUCUUUGGAGAAUAUUUGAAGACUUUUUUAGAAAAGAAAGAUAAAAAAAUCCUUUCUCGGCUGACUUCCAACAAUCCUGAAGUAAACAAGCUGUGGAAUCUAUCUUCAACGAAUUUCAUUAAAUGUAAUCUUUAGAUGUAUGAAUCAGUUUUCAUGUGAGGAAACUUGAUGAAAAAGCGGAAAAAAGAAACAAGAGCAAAAGGAAAAUGAAAAUAUUUAAUGUUUACUCAUUAAAUUCAUUGUUUGCAUCUAGACUGCACGAGGACAAUGGGCUCCUAGGUAAGGUAUGAACUAAAAGUUAAAACACAAUCCAUACACACCUUUCCAUAAUUUUUUGGGGUUUUUUACAAGAUAUUAAUGGAUUUUAAAAUUUUAGGACCUAUGUUGAAAGAAUAGGUAGCCUUUGGUUUAACUAUUAUCCUUAUUGUCUGUUGGGACCAGUUGGGACACCAUCUCAAACUUUCAAAUGAGUUUUCCUCGAAAUGCUAUACCUUUUACACAUGGCCUUUCUCUGGCACCAUCCUCAAUAGACCAGAUUUUGCAAUUAGGAACUACAAUUUCUGGCUCAUCUGUGAAAACACUUAUGUGCCUUGGGAAACUUAUGAUACGUACGUUGCUUCUUAACUGAGCCAGAAAUUUUAGUUACUAAUUGCGAAAUGUAGUCAAAUAAUUAAUUUGAUACUCCACGAAUUCAAGCAACUUUAUAAUGUACUUGAGUUGUUAUCUUCACUGAUUUUACAUGUGAAUGUUCUCUUUGAAGAAGAUUUAAUGGGAGAUGUGGAAAGCAAUCUCAGCCUAUUUAUUGUGAUAAUUUAUUUUUAAGAUUGUUCAACCCUCUUGUUUGAACAUUGUUAUGUGUUGAUUUGUUAAAAUGUUUACUCUUGACGCUGGACUUUGUUUCAUCUUUUACACAAAAUAAAUGUCUAUUUUAUACAUUGA